AUGCACAGGUGUUACUUUGGGGAUAACAGUUCUCUUGCCAAUGACAUCCGAAAAGAAAUGAAGCAACUCUCACAGAGAUUGCUUGUUGGAUUGCUCUUUUCAAGGGUUCAAGAUUUAUAUGGAGAUGAUGUCAUGUCUAUGCUGACUGUGCAAUAUAGCAUGCAUGGACUUAUAAUGACUUGGUCUUCUAAAGAGCCUUACAACAAUAAGAUUAAAGCUCAUGCAAGUGCUGCUGGACAUACCCUAUAUGAGCUUGAAGGUGUUGAGAAGUCUUCUUCUUCCACUAAACCUACUCUUCUUCUCAUAGACAUUGCAGGUUUUAGGUGUGAUAUGGAAGAAAAGAAGGAUGAAGAAGAAAGCACAUUGAAUGAAGGUGAAUCUGAGAUUGUUAUAGCACAUGCAAGAAGGUUGAUUCAAAGUGGUGUACAUGCUUCUGAUAUUGGAGUCAUUACCCCUUACUGA